GAGCAACAAGCAAAACCUCUGCAGCACUAAAUGUGGCUUUUUCGGUUGCUGGGAUGUGUUUGUAUCGCUCCGGGUCCCACAGGAUCGUGUGGUUGUGACUUAUUCCAGCAGCAGCAGCAGGAAUAGCGAUCCCUAUGACAGCCCAGGGCCCGCCUUUGGCACUGCUCAGUGCAUUUAUUUCUGCAAGUGGGGGCUCCUGCCCAAACGCUGCUUCCACCUGAGUGCUCACCUCUGCUCCACAUCUGUGACUGCAGCCUUCUCCAUCCAGCUGAGAGGGAAAUUAUGUGUGCAAGAGGAGUCAGGGCUCCCUUGCCGGCACGCCGCUCACAUUGCUAGGACUGCCACCCCUGCUGCACGCACAGCCACAUGCUCAAAGAUGCUGCACCUGAAAGUCCAGUUUCUGGAUGACUCCCAGAAGAUCUUCGUAGUUGAUCAAAAAUCCUGUGGAAAGGGGCUGUUCAACCUCACCUGCAGCCACCUCAACCUUGUGGAGAAGGAAUACUUCGGGCUGGAGUUUCGCAGCCAGGCUGGGAACCAGGUCUGGUUGGAACCACUAAAACCCAUAACAAAGCAAGUCAAAAAUCCUAAGGAGGUUCUUUUCAAAUUUAUGGUGAAAUUUUUCCCAGUGGACCCCGGCCAUCUGAGAGAAGAGCUGACCAGGUACCUCUUCACCCUCCAGAUCAAGAAGGACCUGGCCCAGGGGCGGCUGCCCUGCAGUGACAAGAGCGCGGCGCUGCUCGUCUCCCACCUGCUGCAGUCCGAGCUGGGCGACUUCCACGAGGAGACAGACCAGCAGCACCUGGCGACACACAGGUACCUGCCCAACCAGGAGUACCUGGACAACAAGAUUAUGCACUACCACCGGAGACACAGAGGGAAGACACCAGCUGAGUCAGAUGUUCAGCUGCUGGACGUGGCCAGGAAGCUGGAGAUGUACGGGAUUCGCCCACACCCCGCCAGCGACGGUGAGGGGACACAGAUCAACCUGGCUGUGACACACAUGGGGGUGCUGGUCCUGCGGGGCAAUACAAAAAUCAACACCUUCAACUGGUCCAAAAUUCGCAAACUGAGUUUCAAGAGGAAGCAUUUUCUCAUCAAGCUCCAUGCAAACAUCUCUGAGCUGUGCAAGGACACACUGGAGUUCACUAUGGCGAGCCGGGACACCUGCAAGGCUUUCUGGAAGACGUGUGUGGAGUACCACGCCUUCUUCAGGCUCUCUGAGGAGCCCAAGUCAAAGCCCAAAGCCCUUCUGUGCAGCAAGGGCUCCAGCUUCCGCUACAGUGGGAGGACACAGCGGCAGCUGCUGGAGCACGGGAGGAAGGCAAAGAUGAAAAGCCUGCCCUUUGAGAGGAAGCACUGCACAUCCCGCUAUGACGAGAGGCAGUGCCGCUCCUCCCCGGACCUCCUGACGGAUGUCUCCAAGCAGGUGGAGGAGCUGCGCCUGGCCUAUGGCAGCCGGGGCUCGUACCACGCCAACGGAGUGCACGCCUCCGAGCCCACCCUGGACAGCCGGCGCCGGAGCUCCACCGUGGAGGUGACAUUCACCGCUGAGCUGGAACACUCCAAGCCUGAAGCAUCCCCCACCUUCCUGCCCCACUCCAAAAGCUCGUCUGCCUUCCCCUUGCUCUACGCUGAGCUGGAGAUGGAGCGGGCGUGGGAGCCUAUGGACCUCUUUGGUGCCAGGAACCCCUUGACAUCCUUUCGGCCCCACCACCAGUUCUCUGGGAACAACAAAAGCACCUCGGUGGGCAACAUGCGGGAGGUGAGUGCCCGGCCGCUGGUGUACACGGACGUGCCGUGUCCCCUGCCCGUGGUGGCCCCGGCCCCGCAGCUCCUCUUCUACCUGGACAGGGCCCCGCAGCCCCCGUGCCAGACACUGGCACCUGGUGAGGAUACAGCAGGACCAGUCGGUGCAUGUGGCCCCGUGGCAGCAAAGCCCCCGAGGCAGAGCCCGGGUGGAACCCAGGCUGGGGAGUUUGACCACAAGGCUGAGGGCACAGCAGCGGGCACAGGUGUGGUGGGAGAGAACAGGUCACUGGCUCGCUCCUUCGAUUACGGCCUUCAGGAGCAACCUCCCAAGAGGUCUUGGAGCCAGUCGGACAUGAAGACCAUCCGCUUCCCCUAUGGCUCUGAGUUCAGGCCCCUGGGGCCGUGCCCCGCGCUGAGCAGCCGGAAAGCAGGCGUAUUUUGGCACGUACCAGCCCAGCAAGGGCUGGCACUGGGGCCGCGGCGCUCCACCGAGCGCUACCUGGGCAGCAGCACCGAGUCCAGCGACUCCGACUCAGACCUCCUGGCCGCCGACUACUGCUCCCUGUACGGCCGCGUGCUGCGCUCGCCCAUGGCCCGGGUGCGCCUGUCCUCGGGCAGCCUCCAGCUGGAUGAGGAGGAUGAGGAGGUGUCCUUCGCCACCAGCACUGCCGAAAAGAUUUCCAGGGGGCCCUCCAAGUAUUUCACCUAGGUGCCUGACACCGCCCUGAGGGAGCAGAGGUGACCACCGCUGACCCAGGACCAUGGAAUGGUGACACUCUUGUUUGCUUACAGCUAAUGAAACAUUGAUGGGCUUCUGCUGUGUGAGUGCUCCAGGAUGUGUUAAUGGACAGCAGGGGAGGGUUCAGAAGUAUUCAACUCCUGCUGGGGUGUCUCUGCCACUGUACAUGGAGGGUCUUGCUUCAGUGAGGGGCCAGGGCUUUCCCAAAGCUCUGUUAAGGCCUUUUGUCCCGCCCAAGCUGAUGGGUAGGACACAACCCAUCAUGCUUGGAGGUCACUGCUGGAGUCUUCACUGAAGGGGGAGGGAGAAAAAGAAAUGAGACUUCUCAUAGAAUAGUUUAAGCUGCUGUUUUUUCCAGCUGCAGAGAAGCACAGUGGUGUUAAGGGUGUUUGAGGCCCCUUUGGAGAGGAGCAGGAUGUUCAUGGGAGUCUGCUCCAGGAGCUGACUCCAUGUGACACAGCCAAUGCACAGCUCCCAGGUGCCUCAUCUGCCUUCAGUGCUGCAGGGACCACAUGGCCCUUGAGGACAAGGGGUGUAUGGGUGCUCCCUGCAAUUCUUGGAGCCAUGGAGGAAGCAAACUGUCUCCUCUCUUGCCAGUUUAGGGCAUUAUCCUUGAGAGCCCUGGUACCUCAGUGCCCUGGUUAAAUCUGGGGUAGAAGCACCUCUCUAAGGGGGUCCUUUGUUUCCCCAAAUCAGGCCUCAGUUAAGCAGCACAGGGAAAAAGAUCUCAGGACGUAGGAAAGGAACAGGCAGCUUCUUGGAAGUAUUUUUAUUA